ACGGCCGCAGCGGCUCGACGACGACAAAUAUCGUAAGGUCGAGCACGAGGAGGCCCAUUGGUAGUUUCGGCAGAAUGACCUCGCUAACGAGGCGUCGACGAAGCUCAGCGGGCAGGCAUCAACUUAUCAGUAUCCUCGUCAUUGUGCUACUUGCUAUGUGCGCCUUUACUCUGCUUUUCACCCUCAAUACAACUCGAGAAUGCAUCCAAGAAUCAUAUCCAAAUGUUUGUUUGACCGAAGAAUGUGUUAGAACAGCGGCAAGUCUACUGUCAGCAAUGGACAGGUCAGCAGCUCCGUGCACAGAUUUCUUUCAAUACGCCUGCGGCACUUGGAAUCGUCUACACGUCAUACCGGAGGACCGCAGCUCCGUAUCGACUUUCGAGGUUCUCGCCGACCAGCUCCAAGUGAUCCUCAAAGGACUGCUCGAGGAGCCGCCAGAGCACGGCGACAGCAAUGCCACCCUCAAGGCCAAGCUCUUCUACAAGUCCUGCAUGGACAUCCCGAGGAUCCGCGAGAUCGGAGACGCGCCGCUGAGGGAGAGGCUCCGCUCGCUUGGAGGAUGGCCAGCGGUCGAGGGUGAACUCUGGCGAGAGCCGGGAUAUCCAGUCGAGGAGCUCUUGGGAACGCUGCGAGGCGAGUACAACGAGGGCGUUCUGCUCGAGCAGUGGGUCGGCCCCGACGACAAGAACUCCUCCACGAACAUCCUCCAGCUUGACCAAAUGCAACUAGCUUUGCCAAGCCGUGACUAUUAUCUCAAGAAGAGCAGUGACAUCCAGCUAUUCGCUUAUCAUCGUUACAUGACCAACGUUGCCGUACUUCUGGGCGCUGAUCCAAAGAACGCAUCGGAAGAAUUUGAAAAAGUGAUCGCAUUAGAAAAGGAACUGGCUAAUGCAUCGCUUCCGGAGGCAGAUCGACACGACACAUCGGCCAUCUACAAAAAAUUGACGUUGCGCGAGCUACAACGAGAAGUGCCGCAGUUACGAUGGCGAACCUACCUCGAGAAAUUUCUCGUAUCUCCAAUUACGGACGAGGAGCCGGUGGUCGCCUAUGCGAUGCCAUACUUCGUGCAAAUGGGUCACAUUAUCCAGAAAACGCCCCGAAGGACGCUCCACAAUUACAUACUCUGGCGGCUGGUGAUGUCGAUAAUGCCACACAUGAUCGACGACUACCAGCAGAAGCGCAUAGAAUUUCGUAAGAUCCUCCUGGGGAUCUUGAGCGAGCGCGUGCGCUGGUCCCGGUGCGUCGAGUGGACGAACAAGAAGCUCGGGAUGGCCGUCGGUGCUCUCUUCAUACAGGAGAAUUUCAAUCACGAGAGUAAGGAGACGGCGCUGGAGAUGAUUCACACGCUGCGCGAAGCCUUUAACGAGCUACUCGCGGAAAAUCACUGGAUGGACGAUGAGACGAGGGCCGUAGCGAAGAGCAAGGCCGACUCGAUGAACGAGCGCAUCGGUUAUCCCGAGUUCCUCAAAGACCAAAUAUGCCAAAUUAUUCAUACACUUUUGAACAAUCUGCCAUAGCUCAAUAUUACUGAAGAUCGAUUCCUGCAGAAUGUAUUUGCUGUCUUAAAGUACGACGCUUAUCAUAAUUUACAAAAACUUCGGCAACCAGUGGACAAGGACAAAUGGUCAACGGAACCUGCAGUUGUCAACGCUUUCUAUAAUCCCAACAAAAAUGACAUUGUAUUCCCCGCCGGAAUACUGCAGCCGCUAUUCUACUCCCAACAUUUUCCAAAGUCGUUGAAUUACGGGGGCAUUGGCGUGGUAAUCGGGCACGAGAUUACCCACGGCUUCGACGACAAGGGCCGACAGUUCGACAAGGACGGCAACAUGAUGCAAUGGUGGAACAAUGCAACUGUGCGGGCGUUCCGCGAGCGGGCACAAUGUAUUGUCGACCAGUACUCCAGGUACAAGGUCCAGGAGGUCGACUUGUACGUCAACGGUAGGAUGACCCAGGGCGAGAAUAUUGCUGAUAACGGCGGCCUCAAGCAGUCCUUUCGGGCCUACAAGAAGUGGGUGGCGAGCCACGGGGAGGAGCCGCUUUUACCGGGCGUGAAUCUCACGCACGACCAGCUCUUCUUCUUGAACUACGCGCAGAUCUGGUGCGGCUCGAUGCGCCCGGAGGACGCGUUAACGAAGAUACGCAGUAGCGUGCACUCACCGGGCCCCGUCCGAGUACUCGGACCUCUCUCCAACAGCGAGGACUUCUCCAGGGCCUUCAACUGCCCCAAGGGCUCGCCCAUGAAUCCGACUCACAAGUGCAACGUCUGGUAGUUGAGAUCCGAUCGAGCAAUUGCAAAUAUUUCCAAAACUGGUCCAAGAUGCUCUACUUGAGCCACGAUGAAAGCCAGAGCGAAAGCUGAAAGAAAAGUGCCAGAUCCGAGAAUGGAA